AUGGAUAACACAGAUUUAAAAAAUUUAAUUGCUGAUUUAAUAUUUAAUCAAAAUUUUCUUGAUUAUUAUGAUUUAAAAGCAUAUCUCCAAAAACAUAAUAAAAAUAUAACGGGUGAUGAUAUGGAAUAUUAUUAUCCAUAUUAUAAAAAUGAAAUUUUGAAAUAUCAUGAUAAAAUAAUUUCUAAAAUUAAAGACAAAAUUAAAAAUAAUGAAUAUACAAAGGGAAAAAGUAAAUCACAACUUAAACAGUUGAAAGAUUUCAAAAAUAAAGUAUUAACAGAAGAAGAUAUUGAUGGAUUAUAUAAUUUAUAUAAUCCCGAGCCACAAAAACCAAAGCCAAAGGAACAAAACACCCAGGCCCUUCAGACCAUAAAUGAUGCACAAGCUUUAAUUUAUGAUUCAUUAGUUAAACCAUAUUCAGCCCGACUUUUAAAUGAAGAUCAACUUUUGGAAUUCAUCCUUCAACAUAAACUCGAAGCGGGAAAGUAUAUCAAACCUUUAUAUACAGCAUAUUUAAAACAAAUGAAUAGAAUACAUCCAGAAUUAAUGAAAGGAGGAAUGAAUUCCAAAAUCAAAGCAGAUAAAAUUAAACCACUUACAACACCAAAACCUCCAACAGUAGUACCUCCUCCUUCAGUUAAUCCUUCAUCAUUCACUUUAUUAUAUCCAUUUCAAACAUUUAAGAAGCAAAAAGAUUUUAAAAAGGAUUUCAAAAUAUUAAAUAAACCAAUUGACCCAAAAAUUCAACCAUUAAAGGAAAAAUUUAGUCGACCUUCAUUUGCUCCAUAUCCAUAUUCAUACGAAAUUGAUCAUCUGGAAUAUUCAAAAGGAAACGUUACUUAUUUAUUUGCCAUUAACAUUAACACCAGAUAUUUAUAUUGCAUUCCGGUGAAAGGGAAAACAGAACAGGAAACAAGAAGAGCUAUACAAUACUUACUAGAUCAUGAAAGAGUAGAUAAUAUAAGGGGUGAUGGUGAUAAAGGAUUUCAGGCAGCUAUGGCUCAUUAUUUCCCACAAAUUAAUUUUUACUUUUCAUCCUCUCCAUAUACGUUUCAUAAUAAAAUAGUUGAUGCGGUAAUGAGAACUCUUAGAGAUGCGUUAGGGGUUAACGGUCAGAUAUACUGGGAUGGAAAUCAUGACUCCAUCAUACAACAGUUAGUAUAUUAUUACAAUAAUACAUGGCAUAGAACUAUAAACAUGAAACCA